AUGGACAACGACUGGAUGAAUGAAUAUUUCGAUUUCGGUGCUGCCAGCCUGCCCCCAGAUGCUUCUCAGGCUUCCCAGUUCUGCCCGGUUGAAGAUAUGGAGCAGAAUUUCAACGAAAUGCCCCAGCUCACCUACGACCUUCUCGCUGCAGCUAUAAUUGACCAAUAUACCGAAAUCGAUGCCCUCAUUGACCAGACUAUUCCCUCUGAACUGGCGCAAGACUACGAGACUGCAUCAUUUGGUGAGUUCAACUUUGAAGUCCCCUUCCAGCAGUAUGCAACAGGUGAUGCACCAGUUGCAUACCCUGGCUUCGGCAACCCGGACGUCCCAGACAAUCAGCACCCAGGCGUUUCAUACCCUGCUGACUUGAAUACUAGUCUCUUGGACCAAUCUCCAUGGAAGAAUUUCCCGGUAGCCGGCCAGGAUGAUCUUUUCCCCCCAACGUGGAACAGUGACAACCAACAGCUCGCCAGUGCGCAGGAGACCUUUUCAUGGGUCGGAGAUAUGGGCACAGUUCUGGAUGAUGCCUACUCGCAGCAUCGACUGAUGCAGGCAAAAGUCCCAAGCCAGUUCUACCCUGGCGUCAUAACGGCUACUGAUGGACUCGGAAGACCAAUUUUGAUUCCGGUCGAGGACGGUUUCUGCUUUGGAAAUCCGCCGGCAAACAGCUCGGAUGACGAUUACCCCGAAGCGAACGCUCUUGAGGCACAUGAGCUGAACGGGGCACAAGGGCAGCAGGCGCAGCAGGCUGAUGAGAUUGACACUCUCUUUGAGCGGCUGAAGGGCCAUUAUGGAAUGCUCAAGCAAAUGUCAGGGACGCUUAGAGAGUUGGCGAAGGCGGGCGAGUCGUAUAAGCUUACCUUGACGAUACGCAGUGCGAAGUCGGAGUGGAAUAAGCUUGCUGCCUUGGUGAAGUCACAGGGCGCAGGGGUCCAGGUAUUGGAGCUUUCUGCUUGA